ACCAUGAAAAUUACUUUUUUUUAUUUUUCAGUUUACAGGGCUGUAUCAGAAACAUCAAUACUAGAUGAGGACUCUUUAACUUGAAAUGACCCCAGUCAUCCAGUCCCAGCUGGAAGAGAAAGCACACCUGGGGUUUAUCUGACUGUGUUGCCCAGCAUGCAGAGGAGUAUCCAGAAAUACAGGGACGACCAUGAUGCCUUCCUGCUCCUGGUCUCGCACGAGGCUCUGGGGAGCUUCAAUCCUUGGGAAAUAGCAGACAGUCUGGCUGAUGAGCUAAUGGCUGAGGCUCUGGCUGAUGUGGCGGCAGAGUUCCAGGAUGUUUGCGAAGAGUAUGCGGAAGCUGUUUUCACUCCAGAGUUCCUCCAGUUUGUCCAGUCUCCCACCACACCAAUAUCAUAGAGACUUUUUAUAAACAACUUAGAAGCAAUGAUAUUUUGAUAUGUUUUUGGAACUGAACUUGCUCAUAUCCAGAUUCAUAGUUUUGUACGUUUUACCAUGAAUUACGUUUAAAUAUUGGACUUUACAAUCAUUGAAUCGAACCUGCUGGUUAGAGCUCGGUUUAUACUCAAGAUGGGCAUUUCUGUUGUAAUGUAACCUCAGUGGGCGGUCUGACUUUUAAAUGCAAACAGAUGCUUUUUAGCACACGGCUAACAAAUGUCACAUCAGUGUGCCAUAAUCCAUUCAACCUUCUUUGUGCAUUAGUCAAUGCAUUAGUCGAGUUCUGUGGUUGCUAUUCAGCCUUAAAAGAACCUCUACAUUAUUAAUGCACUGCAAAUGAUAAGAUUUGUGCUGUUUUCUAUAAAUACCUCACACUAGAGGAUCACCACGCUCGCUUCAUCUCGAAUAAGAAUUAGGGAAUGCAGUAAUGCUGUCCACGUCAGAACAAAAACUUGUUACAUUGUGGACUGUUUUUAUACACUCUAAAACAUAUGUUUUGGUUUCUCUGUGCUAAUUGUCUUUAAGCUCACUAUAAGCAUCCAUAUGUUGCCAGGUGUGAUUGGACAGGUGAGGUAUAUUUAGAGUAUGUGUAUAGUUUAUAUGUCAGAGCCUGAGGGGAAAAUAGCCUCCAGAUGGGUCCAGAUGUUGUGCUUGUAUGCUGGGAAUAUAAUUGAACAGGACAACCAGGGCCUAAGCACUAUAGGAUUCACAAGCAUUCUUACCGGGUCUGUGUGUUGAAAUAUACAUGCCUACAGCUCUUAUAUAAGGAAGUAAAGCUAUAAUAAUCAGAAAGUGAAAGCUUUAUAUGGCUUUAAAAUUAUUGGUUGUCCCUUUUA